AUGGACAGCAAAGCUAGAGCGUGCAUGCAGUUUGUAAGGAGCAGCUUGCAGUGUUUGCUUCUUCCACUUCUAGCUGGUUUACAAUGGCCUCAACCAAUCAAUCGUCAGAGCAUGCAACCGCAGAGCAUAGGGAAGGAGCAGCCAAGGUUCCAUGGGGAUUCUGGAAGGCUGGAGCCUGGAGGACUAGACAGGCACAACAAGAAGAAAAGAAAAAAAAGGAAAAGGAUCCGAUCGUGUCUCGGCGGUUGGACUUGUGAUGUAGACGUACUGGACUGUCUGGACAUGGAAGAUGACUGUUCACUGAUGUUCAGGGCUGCACCAAAAGCCAGGAGGAAGGUAGGCGCCAAGUACCAGAGCAAAGUUGUAGAGAUCUCAGUGAGAAUGCACAGUUAUGUAACCAGCACACCACACUUCGGCCAAAGCAGGCUUUGCAAUCAGUGGCGGAUGCAGAGAAUUUUCUUCAUCUAUAUCAUCAUCUCAGUUUCUGCAACCACAACGUUGUUCAAAAGUAUAUGUUUUAUUGGUCAACAACUCAACAUGGAAUUCCUGGGCUACAGUAUCAUUCAGAUAGGCUAUAGAUCAUCCACAAAGGAGAAUCUUUGUCCAGCGUACGAAAAUGUUGUUGACUUGACUAUCCACUGUAGCGAUACUCGUGGGUACUAUAUUUUUUCACCAUUAUUCGUAGUGUUCUUGGAUAGUGAUGCUGCUUCUGCUAAACCCAAAGGAAAAUGA